AUGAACCAAUUGGUUAAGGGGUUGGUGGCAGCGUUCUUGGUCUCCACUUACAAGUCACUUCCAUUGGCUUAUUGCUUCAAAUUCUACUACAGAAUCAUCAUCAACUUGAUAUUACCCAGAUUCAAAUACUUGGCUACCCAUGAAAACACUUUUGGAAUCACUUCCAAAACAAAUAAGCUUGAUCUAUUUGAGUAUACCACGUUCAACACCUACGUGUCUCCCUUGGAAAUAGAUAUGUACUUACAUAAAUCAAACUCAACCUAUUUAGUAGAUUUAGAUAUAGCAAGAACCGAUUUGGUUACUAAAAUUUUCCAAGUUGUUUUUUAUAAAUACUUUGAUAACUUUCAAAAUGAAUUCAAAUCAGCCGGUAAAGUUUCUAACUUCCCUUACGUCCCAGUAGCUUCAAUUCAAUGUAUCUUCAAAAAAGAAUUGACUCUUUUCCAAAAAUUUCAAAUUAAAUCAAAAGUUUUGGCUUGGGAUCAAAAAUGGUUAUUUGUCUUAUCUAAAUUUGUCAUUCCAAAUGGGUCCAAAAAUGAAAAAUUAUGCGCUAUUGCAAUCACUAAAUACGUCUUUAAGAAAAAUGGAAGAAUUACCAUCAAGCCAAUCGAUUUAAUUAAAGAUGCUGGCUUAUAUAAUGACGAAAUUGUUAAAAUAAAUGAAGAAAAUUAUAAAUUGGUCGAUUAUAUGAGCUCAACCGAUGAUUUAGAACAAGUGGCUUCCAAUUUUGGCCAUAUCUUAUCGAACUGA